AUGGCAAGAAAGAGCAUGUUCAUCCAGGUAAACAACGGCCAGGAUGGCGAAUACUACCUUGAGCCCAUUGACAACAUGUGGUGGGUAGCAGUUUCUACCCCUGGACGCAUGGACAACCCCAGAAUCAGGCUUAGGAGCGACAGAGAGCUCCUCGAGUAUGUGAUGGAGUGUAUCGCAGAUGGCGAUUGCUUCAUCGCCGAUGAGCCACUGCAUCAUACCACCGGUGGAUGGCUCUGUAUGCCAGUCCCUAUCCGAGAAGGACAAGAGCGAAAGCAAAUCUACCAAGACGCAGAGGAUCUUGCAGAAUACUUCGCUAAUGAAAUAGGAUCUCGCAAGAUGCGCGUUGACCGAAAGGCCCUUUGGCAUAGCCAUCCCGAAUUUGAUAUGGAAGACUCGCUGAUUGUUCCUACACAGGUCAUUCUCCCCGGCGAGGACGCAUCCAGGGUGCGGAAAUACCCAGUCUGCUUUGGUGAUGUUCCUCCCCCGCCCCGUUCUGUUGACAUUACUAGCCUUUCUAGUCGUCUGCAAACCAUGGAGGUAAGUGAAAGAGAUGCCGAGGUAGCUAACCUUGUUUAUUCUACUAGGUCCAUAGUUUCUAAUGCUCAGCCCCACAACGCGAAUAGCAAAAACAUCGCAGAUGCCUCAAUUCGGUUUGAAGACAUUCUUGGAAGACUCGAGGAGCCUCACCUGAAUGACCAGGAAACAGAGGAAUACCUUGCGGAGAUUGGGUUGCAAUUCUCAAAGCUGUCUAACCUUCUUCUUGAAGAUGGCUACGUGACUUCUCGGGAAAUGCAAGAUACCUUUCCAAUGACUGAUGAAGCAUUGGAGAACAUUACUGACAGCUUUAACAACCUGCAGGUAUUUGCCGGACCCGCCAAAAUCCAUGCUCCUAUCGCACGUCGCUUUGACCAUGCUGAGCGCAUGCCGCAGUGCAGUGAGCGGUGGGAGGCAAUGACUCAGGCCGUGUACGAUGGAGACUUAGAUGAUAACGACGUCAAUAUGCUCCUGAAGGAGCGCGAAAUUGAAUAUGCCGAAUUGGAUCCUCUCAUUGAGAGUGAUCGCCAAGAUAGGGCCGCUAAAAUGAAGGACGAAGAGAUGGAGUUCUAG